AUGGCACACCAAGAUGGGAUGUCCCAUAUUGUCCGGGAUGGAGGGAGGGUUCUAGCGGCGCGUAUUCCACGGGCAUUAACCCAGAUGCAACCUUGGGUGUUGAUCAAAAGUCAAACCCCCGACGGUUCUGAAGCAAUAGCCAAUUUGUCCCGAAGCUCUUUUGCUAUUGGAAAAGGCUGGGGUUAA